AUGCUGCGGCAGGAUAGCAGACCCUCACCGGCCAUUUCGAAGACACGUGCCUCCAAACGCGCGGCUGUCGCGUGCACCGCAUGCAGCUUGCGCAAAGUAAGGUGUACAGUGGCUCUCUCAGGUCCACCCUGCGCCAACUGUGCGGUGGAUGACACGCCAUGUGAGAUUUCGCGCCGCAAGCGACGGCGAGAAAAUGAAGAAGAUUCAUCGGCAGCAUCUACAUCCAGCUUCAGUAGAGUGCCUAUAGCUCCGCCGCCUGCGACUUCCGCUUCGCCGUCCGUCAAAGAGUCAAUCCAAGCCGACAGAGCCUCUCAGCCGUUCAACGAACUGCUGCAAACAAGAGACAGUGGCGGUGACGCUGCCCUUCGUGAUUCACGCAACGCUCAAGAUCUGCCAAAUUCCCUGGCAGUUCUUUAUGAUCUGAACUACGAGCAAGAUAAGAUCACUCUCAUCCAGUCGGUAUUUUUGAUGGGAUUCUGGUACACUACCUCAGACGACCGACAGGGCCCCUGGCACUGGAACGGCAUCGCAAUUAGUCUGUCUCACACCAUCGGUUUACACAGGCUACCCAAGUUACCUUCUCAAGGCUGUGGUAAUAUUCAGCCAUUCUGGCGAGGGCUUUGGUGGUCUAUCUGCUGUCGUGAAGUCUGGUUAUCGUUGGGCCAGGGACGGCCGAUGCGGAUCCCUCUGGACGAUAUGGAUACACCAGAGCCUGAACGCUUUGAUGCAGAAGUCUUCGUGCCGGAGAACAGGACUGGUUCUUGUGGCAAGUACCUGCCAGGGGAGCUUAGCGAACUCAAAACCCUUUGGAAGACAUUGGUCAAGUUGAGUAUUACCUUGGGCACUAUCCUCUCUACACAUUACAGGGCGAAGCCGACGAAGCCGACAAGGUCUGAUGUUGAACAUUGCGAGCGGGAAAUUCGAGCAUGCUCAUACGAAUUACCUGCAACUGAACAUCAAAGUCGUGUGGCUGCCUCCCAUCGCUAUCAGUUCCGAAUCUACUUUGAGGCAGCGAUCAUUGUGUUGUAUCGACCAUUUAUCCUCGAGGCCCCUCGGGAUGUCACGCUGGAGAACAAGGAGCCAUGGAGAGCACUAGCUUGCCAAAAGACAAGGGUAGCUGCGUCAAACGCCUGCAGUGCUGUGACUUCAAUGAUGGCCGAGGAGCUGAUCGGCCUAUCACAUACUAUAACUGUCAUAGCACUCGUUCCGCCGAUGCAUGUUCAUCUCUUCGAAUCAGCGUCUUUUAAACCCCUAUCAAGCCAGAUGGGAAAACACAAUCUAGCCCUGUGUAUGCUAGCUAUGAGCGAGCUGCGCAAGUCGUACAUCUCGGCAACUGCCGCAUACAAACUAUUCGAGGCGGCGAUUAAAAAGAUCGAUGGGACAAGAAGUUCACGGAGGCCUUCUCACCAACCACAAGGUGACGCUGUCAUUGUCGACCUCGUCGCGCAGGAACAGGCUCCUCUUUCACCACGGGAGAGCUGGCCCGAGGGCUACUCUGCCUUGUCGGCCAACGUCAUCUCAGACGCGUGGAUGUGGCCCAAUAUGCUUGGUGCUCAGUGA